AUGUUGGAGUUUGUUGCUAUUCCCGUGGUAUUGGGCUUGAUGUUGGCAAUUCGCCCCGUAAGACAAACGGUGUUCCACACGCUGAGAGUGGCCGUCCGCACGUUGUUUGGCGGGUGGCUCAAGGCGUUCCAAACCCAGCGGUUGAUCUACCCCCCCAAGCCGAGCGAGCUCACCACCAACAACCGCAUCUUCGAGAACUGGGUCCAGCUGUACCAGGAACUUUUGCGCUACACGUCGUUUAAGGAGCCGACGCUCAUCAACUUCUCUUUACCUGACGAAAACUCAAAUAAGGUGACGCAGACGCUCUGGGACAUCUUGGCUAAUCGCGACCAGUACCCUAAUGGAAACGAGCAGAUCAACUGCGUCAACGUCAUGGCCGACGGCACCGACGGCAACGAGAUGAUGCUCCACUACGGCGUGGGCAAGUUGCCCCAGAUCGUGUUGCUUAAGAAACAGAUGCCCGUGGGGAGAUACAUCCCGGGGAACAACUUCAACCCCGAGGACUUGCGCCACUGGAUCAGCACCAUCCACUAG